AUGGAACCUUGGAUUCCCCAGAGGCUGCCUCAGCCAUCGGGGAGGCCCCCAGCACCAUCAAAGGAUCCAGACCGAGGGCUUCGGAGAGAUAGAUACUAUCAGCCUAUUCCUCACUCUUGGCACAAUGGAGAGAGGGUCCAUCAAAGGCAAGACAUGGGCAGGAGCCCCCAGCCACAGCAGGACCCCAGAGCAGACCACCAGGAGCCUCCCUGUGCAGCCAGAUCUGGGGAAUGGCAUCCACCUGUGCCCGGGGUUGACUAUUAUGAAGGCGGUUAUCCCAGUCAGUUGUAUUCAAGGUGGAGCAUUGAGGAUCUCUAUCAGAGCUAUUACUCUCCAGCCCUAAGGGAAGAAUAUGCUUAUGGAAGUUAUUACUACCAUGGAUACCCACAGCAGCUUCAGGAAGAAAGAGUGCCAAGGCAAGGGAGUCCUUAUAUCUGGCAGGAAGAUCAUCGAGAUCAAAAGUACCUCAGUGAGCAUCAACAUGAAAACCAGAAUAGUCAAUUUGGAACAAAUAGGGAGACCCAGUUCCAAUCUAAGAGUCGGAAUCCUUAUAAAGACAGUCCUGCUUCUAACUCUGGACAGGAGAGGCCCGGGGACCUGUUCAUGGAGAGUCCACUAACUGGGGCACAGAAAAACAAGCCAUCACUGAUGGAGGAGUCCAACCUUCUCUGGCAACAUGAGUCUGGUCUCACCUCCAGCAGCUAUGAGCUCAGUCAGUACAUGGCAGAUGCUUCCGAGCUCUGUGACCCCAGGACUUCAGCAGUCUGGAGCCCAGUUCAGGCUGAGGACAUCUCAGCAGCUGGUCCCAAGGAACCCAUGAAGUUCUAUGUCCCUCACAUGCCUAUGAGUUUUGGGCCAGGAGGUCAGCUGGUGUGUGUGAGUCCCAGCUCUCCCAGUGAUGGACAGACAGCCCUUGUUGAACUGCACAGCAUGGAGGUUAUUCUUAAUGAUUCUGAGGAACAAGAAGAGAUGAGGACUUUCUCAGGACCGCUGAUCAGGGAAGAUGUGCACAAGGUGGACAUCAUGACGUUUUGCCAGCAGAAGGCAGCACAGAGCCGCAAAUCUGAGACACCGGGGAGCAGAGACUCGGCUCUACUCUGGCAGCUGUUGGUUCUCCUUUGUCGGCAGAACGGGUCCAUGGUGGGGUCUGACAUCGCCGAGCUGCUGAUGCAGGACUGCAAGAAGCUGGAGAAGUACAAGCGGCAGCCGCCUGUCGCCAACCUCAUCAACCUGACGGACGAGGACUGGCCAGUGCUGAGCUCGGGGACCCGGGACCUGCUCACCGGGGAGAUUCCUCCCAGCGUGGAGACACCUGCGCAGAUCGUGGAGAAAUUCACCAAGCUGCUCUACCAUGGAAGGAAGAAGGAAGCCUUGGAGUGGGCCAUGAAGAACCAUUUGUGGGGCCAUGCUUUGUUCCUCUCCAGCAAGAUGGACCCAAGGACCCACAGCUGGGUCAUGAGUGGCUUCACCAGCACACUGGCGCUCAACGAUCCACUGCAGACUCUCUUCCAGCUCAUGUCGGGGAGGACCCCGCAGGCAGCCACGUGUUGUGGGGACAAGCAGUGGGGAGACUGGAGGCCACACUUGGCAGUGAUUCUAUCGAAUCAGGGUGGGGACCCGGAGCUGUACCAGCGCACGAUUGUCACCAUGGGGGACACCCUGGCUGGGAAGGGGCUGGUGGAGGCUGCUCACUUCUGCUACCUCAUGGCUCACGUGCCCUUCGGCUACUACACCGUGAAGACAGACUACUUGGCCUUGCUGGGCAGUAGCCACAGUCAAGAGUUUUUGAAAUUUGCAACAACUGAGGCUAUCCAGAGGACGGAAAUCUUCGAGUACUGUCAGAUGCUGGGCCAUCCCCGAUCCUUCAUCCCUUCUUUCCAGGUGUAUAAGCUCCUUUAUGCUUCCCGUCUGGCAGAUUAUGGCCUCACGUCCCAGGCCUUGCAUUACUGUGAAGCCAUUGGCACAGCCCUCCUGAGCCACGGAGAGAGCAGCCACCCUGUGCUAUUAGUGGAACUCAUCAAGCUGGCAGAGAGACUGAAGCUGUCAGAUCCUCUGGUUUUAGAACGCCACCGCCACCGAGGAGACAGGGACCUGGAGCCGGACUGGCUGGUGCACCUUCGGGGGCACCACAGGGAGCUGCAGCGAAAGGAAGCAGGAGAUGUUGGGGGUCCUCAGUCUGCUCAAGUGGUUAUUUCAGAAGCCGGAAAAACUCCAGAAAACACUUUCUAUCAGGAUCUUUCUGGACCUCAAGGCAACUCAGAAGCCAAUGGUGACCACUCGGCUCUGUGGCCAACUCUGGAGCAGUCGGGCCCGGCCCAGCUCAGCCCACAGCAGCCAGGCUCCUACCCAACAGGUGGCGGUUCUGGGCAGAUGGGGGUCCCAGUGCCUCUCUACUCGGUUCCUGAGACCCAUCUGCUGGGGCCCAUUGGCAGCAUGGCAGUGAAAGGGGCUCCCGGAGGAACAGCCUGGGAGGAAGCCCAGCAGAUACACCUGGCCCCUGGAGAGAACCCAGUGUCUCCAGAAACCCUCCAGCAUCCUGGUGGGCAGAAGGCUGUUUCCAGACCCCAGGUGCCACUGAUUCCCAGAGCUCGAAGUAUUUCUGAGAGUCCCACCGUAUCAGUCAAGGAGGAUGGGGAGGAGUCCUCCGAGGAGGCGGAUAAAAAAUCUUCCCAAAAUACCGUCCAGAGAGAAAAACUCGGAAACGUGAAGGAGAACGCAAAGAGCUCAAGGUUUGGCUGGUUCAGCUGGUUCCGCUCGAAGCCCACCCACAACGCAUCCCCCUCUGGAGGUGAAGACUCGUCAGACAGCUCGGAUUCUGAGGAGAUGCCCAGGGCAGCGUCUCCACCUCAGCCCAGCCCAAGCCUCUCACUGACACCUCCCCCAGAUCCCCAGUCUCUGCUGGGUGCCAGUGCCUUCUCCAGGGACACAGGUGGAGAUGAAGGCCGAGGGCCUGGUGCCGGGACAGCUGAGGGCCCGGGGAGUGGAGGCUUGUCGGGACCUGAGGGUGUUUCCACUGAGCUCUACUUCAGCGCUGGUGUUCUGCCUCCCCCACCCCCUGUGAAAGGGAGUGUUCCUCUUUACAACCCAUCUCAGGUUCCCCAGCUCUCCAUGGUCACCAGCCUGAACCGGGCAAAUCGCCUAGCUCAGCGCCGCUAUCCAACCCAGUCAUGA